GAUGCUGUUUUGACGAAACGUCAGUCCGUUUCAUCAAAACAGGCGACGCGUCGUGUAUCGCGGUACACAGAGAGUCAAGUGAGCCCUGCAUCAGACGUUUCAACUGGACAGGACAGGUGAAGACUAAGGAUAUUGUUCUCUACUCAAAUUGUGUUUGUGAAGAUGUUCCUACAGCUCUGCGUAAGUUACCUCCAGUGCAUCUUUGCAGCUGUUCUGGCCUGGAUCGGUGUGCGCGUACCGCAGGUGCACGGCACAUCACAGUUCUGUUCUACAGAAAAAGUCAAUCCAGCUGCUAUCAAGGAGGUGAACAAUGUUAUUUCUCAAGCGGCGGCAACUCCAAGCAGUGUCAAUUAUCAUUUUACCCGACAGUGCAAUUAUAAGUGCGGUUUUUGUUUCCACACUGCAAAAACGUCUUUUGUCCUACCUAUUGAGGAAGCAAAGAGAGGUUUACAGCUUCUGAAGGAAUCAGGACUGGAAAAAAUUAACUUUUCAGGCGGAGAGCCUUUCAUACACGACAAAGGUGAUUUCUUGGGGAAAUUAGUCCAAUACUGCAAACACGACCUCCAGCUCCCAAGUGUCAGUAUUGUCAGCAAUGGCAGCAUGAUCAGAGAAAAGUGGUUCCAAACUUACGGCGAAUACCUGGACAUUCUGGCCAUUUCCUGUGACAGCUUUGACGAGGACACCAACCAGAUUAUUGGCAGAGCCCAGGGCAGGAAGAGCCACCUGGACAACCUUUUCAAGGUCCGUGAGUGGUGCCGGAAGUACAAAGUGGCGUUCAAAAUCAACUCUGUGAUCAACACCUUCAAUGUGGAUGAAGACAUGAGAGAAAACAUCACCAAACUCAACCCUGUACGCUGGAAGGUGUUCCAGUGUCUGCUGAUCGAUGGUGAGAACGCUGGGGAGAAUAGUCUGAGGGAGGCAGAGAGGUUUCUCAUCAGUGACCAGCAGUUUCAGGACUUCCUGGAUAAUCACAGCAGCAUCAGCUGCCUGGUACCAGAGUCCAAUCAGAAGAUGAGAGAUUCCUACCUCAUUCUGGAUGAAUAUAUGCGUUUCCUGGAUUGCCGAGAGGGGAAGAAAGAUCCAUCCAAGUCCAUCCUUGAUGUUGGCGUGGAAGAGGCCAUUCAGUUCAGUGGCUUUGACGAGAAGAUGUUCCUAAAGAGAGGAGGGAAAUAUGUGUGGAGCAAAGCUGACAUGCGGCUCGAGUGGUGAUCCACACAUUAUAAUCAGCUAUUGCUACACUUCUGUAUGUAUUUUCUAUAAAAAAAUAGUUUCCGCCUGUAUAACUGCACUUUACACUUAAAUAUUUAUGAUAUUCUAAAAGUUAUGUUGGAAUCUUUUACUGCUAUAUGUUGAGGCGUUUGAGUACCUUUAAUUAGUAGUAAAAUCACACAACACAGCUAUUCUACAGGGACAACUAUUCAAUCACUCACUAUCCCACAGGAUAAUACUACCUUUUUGUAUGCCCAGUUUUGUUUGAAUUUUCUUAUAUACCCUGUUAUCCAAAUGUGUUUACAUUUUCUAUUCACCAACCAAGAGGCUUAUUUGCACUUUCAUUUAGCAUUUGGAAUUUAGCACUUUGAUUGAAGUGUAGGGAAUUUAUUAAUUGCAGUGUUACAUCUCUGUGUUUGUAAUGUAUCUCAAAUAAAUACAACAUUUUGACAUUG